AUGAAUGGAAAAAUCAAAAAAAUCGGACCUUAUAGUAUAGCAUUAGUUUCCGACUUUUUUUGCCCAAACGCGGGUGGCGUCGAAACUCAUAUCUAUUUUCUUGCUCAAUGCUUGAUCGACCUAGGCCAUCGGGUCAUUGUAAUUACUCACAGUUAUGGCGAUCGAAAAGGCAUCCGAUUCUUGUCAAAUGGACUCAAAGUCUAUUACCUUCCAUUUAUUGUUGCCUAUAAUGGAGCAACGUUAGCCUCAAUUGUAGGAAGUGUUCCAUGGCUUCGAAAAGUCUUCAUAAGAGAAGAUAUUCAACUAAUUCAUGGUCAUUCUACGUUCUCCGCUUUAGCGCAUGAAGCUUUAAUGAUCGGAGGUCUAAUGGGUCUCCGCACAGUUUUCACCGAUCAUUCCUUAUUUGGUUUCGCCGACGCUUCAGCAAUCCUUACCAACACACUCGUCUUACAAUAUUCUUUGAUCAAUGUAGACCAAAUUAUUUGUGUGUCAUACACAAGCAAAGAAAACACGGUACUACGCGGAAAACUCGAUCCUAACAAGGUUUCGACUAUCCCAAACGCGAUUGAAACAUCGCUAUUCACACCAGACCCACAUCAAUUUUACAAUAAUCCCACUACUGUUGUAUUCCUCGGAAGGCUCGUAUAUAGAAAAGGAGCCGAUUUGCUAUGCGAAGUCAUACCAAAAGUUUGCCAAAAACACAAAACCGUGCGCUUCAUUAUUGGUGGUGAUGGUCCGAAAAGGAUUGAGCUUGAAGAAAUGCGCGAGAAGUUCAAGCUUCACGACCGCGUAAUUAUGCUAGGCAUGUUGCCGCAUAAUCAAGUCAAGGAGGUUUUGAAUCAAGGACAGAUUUUCAUUAAUACAAGUCUAACAGAAGCAUUUUGCAUGAGUAUAGUAGAAGCGGCGAGUUGUGGUCUUCACGUGGUUUCAACGCGAGUUGGCGGAAUUCCAGAGGUCCUGCCACUCGAUGAUUUCAUUUCGCUAGAGGACCCUGUGCCCGAUGAUCUUGUUAACGCUCUUCUCAAAGCUAUCAAAAAGCGAGAAGCCGGAACUUUAAUGGACCCAACCAUCAAACAUAAAGCGGUUUCGAAAAUGUAUAAUUGGCCCGAUGUUGCGAAAAGAACUCAAGUAGUUUACCGAAAAGCUAUCGAGGAAUCAGAAGCCCCAAAAUGGACAAAAUCCUUGAAAAAAUACUAUAAUCAAGGCAUCGGAUUCGGAAUUCUCUAUAUUACGGUAGCAAUUAUUAUCGUGAUAUUUCUAAGGGUUCUCGAAUGGAUCGACCCUGCAAAAAAAGUAAGAAUUCGUUAA